AUGGCGCGCCCUGGGAAACGAGGGCGAGGAGACAUGCUCUUCCGAAAUGUGGGAGAUGACAGCGUGUGGGCGCAAGCGCAGCUGUCGCAGCCGAGCAAGGCCCAGAAGGCCCUGAAGGCCCAGGAGGCCCAAAAGGCAGCCAAAGCGGCGACCUCCCAAGGCUCAAAAGCCACGCCGAAGGCUGGAAAGCCCAAGUCUGCCCAGGAGAUCUUGGCCGGCUUCCGGAACAACUGGCAGGACAAGGUUGUGGUGGCCGAAGUUGCGGAGGAGGAAGCUGCCAUGAAGCCCGAGGAGCAGGUGCCGGGCAAGGUGGCCGGCAAGGAUUCCAAGGAUUCCAAGGACUCCAAGGAUUCCAAGCAUGCGCCCUCCGAGUCCGAGGGCUCAGCCAGCUCAGCAAAGCGCCAGAAGUCCCGGUGGUCGCGGUCCUCUUCAUCAAGCUGA